GUUUUGCGGAUUCAUCUCUCUCUUCUCUGAGAAAGACUAUGACAAGUUUCGCUUUCUUCUCUCCUAUCGGCGAUUGAAGAAGCGAACUCAGAGUUUUUUGCUUUUUCUCUGUACUCUCUUUAUAAUCUUUCAGAGAGAUUAAAGCUUUUUCUCUCAUAUCUUCGAUCAUGGGAUCGAAGUUUUAGUGUAUAUCGGAUUCCAACUUGAUCGGAUAAUAAUGUUCCGGUUUUGACUGGAUUAGCUAGCCCUUUCUUCUCUGGAUUUGGACCUCUAUAAAUGAUUUGAGGCGGUGGCAAAUAGAUCUGGCGGUGAGUAUCGAGCUUCCUUCUUCAACUUUUGGAUCAUCCUCUUUCGGCUAGGAGAUUGAACUCUCCUUAAGUCUCUUUUUUUAAGAGCCAUAUGGCGUUGGGUGACGUGGUCUAGAGUCAAAGACGAUCGAUGUUGAUUUCAUCAGAGAUGUAAGCUUCCAACAAGUUUAAUCGGGGUCUAAUCAGAGAAGAAUCAAGCGGUUAAGGAACAACAAUUUGAGGAAGAUGAAGAUCCAUUAGAGUUCACAUAGAUGGUUACACUCUCCGGAUUAUCGGUUUCCUACGGAGCUCUGACCGGUUAUGAAUUGACGGCAUCUUCAAACUGUGAGCCGACAUCUACCCAAAAUCUGCAGUGUGUAUUUACACGUAUUUUAGAUUUUAAUAUUGGGCUUAAAUGAGAUUAAGUUUAAAUGAAAUUGAGCGAUUGAUUUGAUUUUUAAUGUAUGGGUUUGGGCCUCAAUUUUGCUGUAAAUUGCCCGUUUUGAAGCCUUCCUUAUAAAACGAGUUGACCACAAAAAAAACUAAUCUCUCUCUUCUCUGUUUCUUACUUUCUUGACUCUUUCUCUCUCUCUCAAUCUCCCAGGGUUUAGGGUUUAAGGCUCUCCAAUAAAUUUGGGUUUACGCUAACAGAUUCUGAUUCAUCAACUCGCUUUCGUGCUUGUGUGUUAUCCUCUUAAGAUUAGCGAAUCACUCAAUUUCGAGCAAUUUCUCAGUAAAUUUCCAUUUUUCUGGUUAUAGCCUUGAACCACUUGGGCUUUGGAAUCACCAGAACAAAGUCGAAGGCUUUUUCUGAGAGGGGCUUUUAUGGCGUUUAAAUCAAAGCCAAGAUCUGAAAUGGAUAUUCCAGACCGAUCUGCAAAUCAACAAUCGGAAGACGCAAAAAUUGAUAUCUUGAAGUGUGCAAAUCAGAUGGAUGAGUUUCAAGAGGAAGAAGAGGUUUCGUGUCAAUCCUCUUCGAGUUCUUUUGGUGAUUCAAUGUGUGCUAGUGAUGAUGAUGAAUUUGGUUUCGAAGCCCAAUCAAUGUUGAGCAAAGAUUAUCCAUUGCCUGAAACUUAUGAUGAUGGGACUGACUUUUUGGGUCUGAGGAAGAAGAAGCUGACGGAUGAGUGGAGGCGAUUUUGCCAGCCUUUAAUGUGGCGAUGCAAGUGGUUAGAGCUCAAGGUUAAAGAAAUUGAGUCUCAAGCAAAAGUGUAUGAGAACGAAGUUAGAAGUUACUAUGAGACUAAACAGUUUGAUCUGGAGAAGUCGAAAUUGAAAGGCUUUGAUGGGAGAUCGAUUCCUUUUCACGACCAAACUCAGAGGAUGAAUGUUUUCAAGAGAGGAAGAAGGAAAAGAGUGGAAGAUACAACAGAUGUUGCAGCUUAUAUGUCUAGCCAUAACGUUUUCUCUUAUGCAGAAAAGCGGAAGCCAGCAACUUUCAAGGCUCAGUAUCCUGUUCCAGAUUUUGGUACAGGCCGCAAAGCUAUGUGCAAGGAAGAUGAAACUGAAGAUGAUUGUCUUGUUUCUGAGUUAGAUUGUUCUGAUGAUUUUCUAGCAAAGAUUCUGUGUAAGAUUGAUGAGGCGCAGGAUAAAGCGAAAAGAUUGAGGAAGCGUGUUGAUCAGUUGAUGUGCGAAUCUCAAACUGCUCAUACAUCAUUGAUGCCUCGAACAAUAGCUCGAUGUCGAAGUGACUUUACGGUGCAUACUGUUAAGCACCAAGCUCUUGUGGAAGAACCAUUGAUGCCUCAUACAGCAGCUCAUAGUCAGAGAGAAGCGACUGUGCAAAUUGGGAGGCAACGUAUAUCUGCUGAUCAUACCGAAGAUUUAUUGAUACCGCAAGCUCCUCUCGUUCAAAGCGAUGGACAGUGUUUGACUAACAACUCUCCACUUUCAUCUGGAGGUUUAAGAUUUAAUACUUUCCUUGAAGAUCUGCUGAUGGAUGAUGAACCAGAGAUGAAUGAUGACGAAGCAGAAACGGGCGAAGAACAGCUUGACUAUUUCAGGAAGCUAAUGAAUGAGAUUACAGGUGCGCAUCCAUCAGACGAAGCAGAUGAAGAAGAAGAUCCUACACCGGUCGCUAAGAGGCAUAAAACCUCUCACUGAAGCUCUCUCUCUCUGUGUACAGAGCCUUAUCAUCCUGCUUGAUCAGCCAAAACCCAUUAAGCUCUUCGAAAGCAGUAAUAUUGGUUGGUAUAUUCUGUUCAUUCUUCUUCUCUCGACUGACUCUUUGCAUUUGGCUUUUUGAGAGUUAUGAGACCACAAUAGGUUUCAGAGUUUGUGAAUAGCUAAGUUGCUUAGAAUCUUAUCAUAGGCUAUUUUUCCUUGUUCUAUAUCAUGAGACCUUUUCUGAUUCAUAAAUUCAAAUCUUUGAGGGCUUUUCUUGU